GGCGGGGACAGGGUGCAUAGGACCAUGGGGAUGGGGCACAAAGGGCCGUGGGGCCGUGGGACGCGGGACAGUGGGGACAGGGCGCAUGGGAUCGUGAGGAUGGGGAAGAAAAAAACAUGGGGACAGGGCACACGGGACCAUGGGGCCAGGGCGCAUGGGACCACGGGGCACAAAAAACAAGGGGCCAGGGCACACGGGACCACGGGGCCAGGGCGCAUGGGACCAUGGGGACAGAGCAUGGGACAAGGGGAACGAUGCAGAUGGGACACUGAGGACAGCGGGCAUGGUCCCGGGGGCACGGGGCACCACUGGGACAGAGCACGCAGGACCACGGGGACAGCCCACAUGGGACCAUGGGGACAGGGCGGGGGGGCCACACCAUGGGGACGGUGCAGGUGGAGGACACAGGGAGCGGAGGACGCGGGGCCCUGCCGGCAUUUCGCCAUCGCACCGCGUCCCAGCUCAUCCCUGGGGCGGGCCCUGUCCCCACACCCUAUAAGUGCCACCGCCGGCGGGUGACAACGCAGAGGACACCACUCCCCAGCAGGUUCUCGGAGGCCGACACCUUUGCAGGCUCUGCCAUGUCCCAUGUGUCCACAGCAGCCCCCAGAGGUGGCGCCGGGAGCCCCCGGAGGUGCCAGGACCAUGCCCAGCGCCGUGAGCACCCGCUGGGUGUCACCAUGGGGGGGACCUCGGGGGACAGCGGCCCCGUGACGUCCGUCAUUGACCCCGACAUGGAGGCCUUGUUCGACGAGUUCCUGGGGAAAGUGAGAUUUGAUGAGGGGACGACGACGACCACCUCGGUGGUCUCGGGGACGGCGCAGCCCUACCACUACACGGUGCGGGACACGGAGCACAAGGCGCUGUGCCUGCAGGGGGGGCGCCUGGUGGCCACCAGCCUGCAGGGCGCCAACGCCGCCCAGGAAGAAGCCAUCAGCGUGGUCCCCAACCGGCACCUGGAGCGCCGGCGCUGCCCCCUCAUCGUGGGCAUCCGCGGGGGCAGCCAGGCCCUGUCCUGCGGCACCGGCCCCGAGCCCCAGCUGCGGCUGGAGGAGGUGGGGGUGCUGGACCUGUUCCAUGCGGAGGACCACGCCAUGCCCUACACCUUCUACAAGACGUUCGGGGGCUCCACGCACACCUUCGAGGCCGCCGCCUUCCCCGGGCACUUCCUCAGCACCACCCCGCGGCCCGGUGAGGCGCUGGGCCUGGCCCCCCCGGCCGCCCAGGACGCCAUCACCUCCUUCUACCUGCGCCGCAAGUGACUGGGGGGGGCACCCGUGGGUGGGGGGGGGGGGGGCUGGCACACCGCCCCCACAGCCUCCUGUGGGAAUAAAGGUGCUGGCUGCA